AGCUCUUUCUGGUCUUGGCUCCAAGAUGACGAAAAAUGGACAUUCCAAAAAAGGCCACGGCUAUGUGCAGCCAAUUCGCUGCAUGAACUGCUCCCGGUGCAUCCCCAAGGAUAAGGCCAUUAAGAAGUCAGUCAUUUGGAACAUUGGAGAGGCCGCUGCUGUCAGGGACAAAUCUGAAGCAAGUGUCUUAGACGCUUACGUGCCUCCCAAACUCUAUGUCAAGCUGCAUUACUCUGGGAGCUGUGCUAGUCAUAGCAAAGUAGUCAGGAAUCGAUCUCGGGAAGCCCAGAGGGACCAAACACCCCCACCAUGAUUUAGACCUGCUGGUGCUGCACCACAGCCUCCACCAAAGCCCAGGUAAAGAUAUGGUUUCAUGAAGACAGAAGAAAAACACCUUGGAAAAAUAAAAUGGGACUUUAUGUAGCAAAAAAAUAAAAAGAAAAGAAAAAAAAGAAAAGAAAGAAAUAAGUGCGAAGUAACAAAAUGUUAAAAAUAGAAGUGGGGAUAACUGAAAUGUGGGGCAAUUAUAUUCCAGACAAUUAAAAUAAAAUGGAAGAAUGCAUUCAGUAAAGAGUGUGAUGGGAGAUGAUCAUUAACUCCAGGAAAAA